ACAGCUUGAAUCAAGGGGCAAACCACGUUUUAGAGCAUGGAUUUGAGACGAAUAUACAGAAUAAAACAUUCUUCUUUUCUUUUCUUUUAUUACAGACGAAAUACUAGCCGCAAUCGUCCAUGGAGAAACAUCAUGGUUCCCGUGGACGGGUAACACCCACCUAACUUACAUGCAUAUGUAUGAUGUAGGUGUAAGCAGUGUGCAUGUAAAUCCUAUGAAGCAAAGAAUGAGAUCAGUUGGAAGAUAAAUGUAGUUAUAACUACAUUCUUGAUUUAUAAUCUGCUGCUCAUUUGUAAGCUAUAACUCUCUUUCCAUCCAUCUCAUCGCGUUACCAUCUCGCAGCUAUCGCCAUACCCCUCAAAAAUGGCGACAUCUCACCCAUUUGUAAUCCAAUCUGAUCUGAUCUGUCCGGAGUAAAGAGUAAUAUAAAGAUACAAAAAUAUAAGGGGGUUUCAUCAUGAAAUAACCUGUCGGAGGAACAUCCUCUACUGGUUAUUUUCGUAGCCAUUCCAGUACUAGUCAUGGCCGCCGAACAACAAAAGAAAAAACAGCUUCACCUAGGCGCUUUCAUGCGCCCGGUGAGCUUGCACACGGGAGCAUGGCGUUACCCCGGCUCUUACCCCGACGCGAACUUCAACUUCCAGCACAUCAAGUCGUUUGCGCAGAAGUUGGAAGCCGCCAAGUUCGACGCCUUUUUCAUGGCGGACCAUCUGGCCGUCUUGAAUAUGCCGGUAGAGGCCUUGCGCCGCAGCCACACCGUGACCUCGUUCGAGCCCUUCACUCUGCUGUCCAGCCUGGCUGCCGUGACUGAGCGGAUUGGUCUCGUGGCCACUGCGUCCACGACCUACGACCAACCCUACCACAUCGCACGGCGCUUCGCGUCGCUUGACCAUCUAAGCGCAGGCCGCGCGGGCUGGAACAUCGUCACGACGGCCAACCCGGAUUCCGCGCGCAAUUUUGGCCAGGACGAGCACAAAGAGCACGGCGAGCGCUACGCGCGAGCCCGCGAAUUCUACGACGUCGUGACGGGCCUCUGGGAUUCCUUUGCCGAGGACGCCUUUGUCCGCGACGUCGAGAGCGGCAUCUACUUCAAACCGGAGCGCAUGCACGUGCUGGACCACCACGGGCCCGAACUCAACGUCCGGGGCCCUCUGAACAUCGCCCGCCCGCCUCAGGGGUGGCCCGUCAUCGUGCAGGCGGGACAGUCCGAGCCGGGGCGGCAGCUGGCGGCCGAGACGGCAGAGGUGGUGUUCUGCGCGCCGCGCAACCUCGAGGCCGGCAAAGAGUUCUUCAAGGACGUCAAGGGGCGGCUUGCUGCCGUGGGCCGCGACCGCGAUGAUAUGAAGCUGCUCCCUGCGGCAUUCGUGCUGAUUGGGAACACGGUGGAGGAAGCCCAGGCGAAGCGACUGAAGCUGGACAGCCUCGUGCACUACGAGAGCUCGAUUGCUUCGCUCUCCAUCGCGCUCGGCUGCGACGUGGCGAACUUGGACCCGGACGGCCCUCUGCCGACAGAGCUCCCCGAAACCAACGCGAGCAAGUCGGGUCGCGAGAGUGUUCUCAAGCUGGCUGCUACGGAGGGGUUGACGGUCCGGCAACUCGCACAGAGGUAUGGCGGGUACUCGGGUCUCGCCUUCGUUGGGACGGUGGAAACGGUAGCCGACGAAAUGGAGCAGUGGCUGGUGCAGGAAGGAUCCGACGGGUUCAACCUCACUUUCCCUUUCCUACCCCAGGGUCUUGAUGAUGUGGUGGAUCUUUUGAUACCUGAGUUACAGCGCCGGGGCCUCUUUCGUAAAGACUAUGAAGGAACGACGCUUAGAGAUCAUCUAGGCCUGAAGCGUCCACAAAACAAGUUCUUCUCUUAAGAACUUGGUGUAGAGAUAUAUACAUAUAUAUAUCUGUAAUGAUUAACUAAGUUUUAAUGCUUGUGGACCAUGUAGGAAUUGUAAGUGAUGGUUGGCCUGUUCCCCUAACCUGGCCGGAAUUGCUAGACAUCUCACAGAGACCUAAAAUUCACGCUUAGGCAGCUGGUUGCUUCCAAUAAUAUAG